UAAUAAAUAUCUACUUACUCUUUUUCAGGUUAUCAAAGGGAUUACAUCUGAUCAACAAAAAUGUCCAUGAUCCUGAGCUCCCAAGUGCAAAAGCAAUUUAUGUAGCUUUAUUUAAAACAAAACUAGCUGUGAAGAUUUCUGUAAGAUUAGGGUCACCGAUUUCAUUGUUUCAUGAAUAGUGAAAGUGUAGAAAUAGAAACCUCUAAUGGAAGCAAAACGUUCAGUGAUAAAUAUAAUAGAAAAUAGUUAAAAAAAAAUUCUGCACAGUCAGAAACUUGCAAAGAACAAAACAAACAUCAUGGAAGCUCAAAGACCAACACUCCAGAAUGAACCAGCAUUGGUUGGAUCUUGCAUUUCUGGAGAAAAAGUGGUGGUGUUAGCUCCUGCUUUAGAAAAUAUGGGAGAAUCUUUUUCUGCGGAUGACAGCAUCCUAAGUGACGACCUGAGCACUGGCUCUCUCAAACAGAAAUCUUCAAGCUGCCGAAGAAAACGAGAAUUCAUACCUGAUGAGAAAAAAGAUGCAUUGUACUGGGAAAAGAGAAGAAAAAAUAAUGAAGCAGCCAAAAGGUCUCGUGAGAAACGACGUUUGAAUGAUAUGGUUUUAGAGAACAAGCUGAUGGCUUUAGGUGAAGAAAAUGCACGACUGAAAUCAGAACUUCUUGCUUUGAAACUAAAAUUUGGAUUAAUCACUGCAGCAUUUUAUGCACAGGAGAUACAAAAUCUUGGAAAUGCUUCAGGGCCGUGUUUUCAAGACUAUAAACCCUCUGGUAUAAAUUUAACUUCUUUUGCUCCUGAUCAUGAGCGUGGUUUUCUUGGAAAUGGAUGUAUUUCAGUCAUUAAACAUUCACCACCAAGUUCAUUGUCAGAUGUUUCAGAAAUAUCUUCAAAUGCCCGGGAAAGUCCUCUUCUUCAAGUAGCAUGUAAAAGCCCAAAUGGCACCUUCAAGGUCAUAAAACAAGAGCCUCUGGAGUUCAAAGUAGAUUCUGAAACUUAUUUGCGAGACCCCAGAGAGGGAAAUGGUUCUUAUGUGUCAGCCAUGUAUAGAAAUUGUAUUGGCAGCACCUUCAGCAGGAACUAUUCACAUUCACCACCUUCCAUACAGAUUGCUAGGUCAUCAAGUAAUUCGCCAAGAACAUCAGAGGCUGAUGACAGUACAUUAGGAAAACCUACAUCUGAAGAAGAAGGUGAAGAUGAACAGCAAGUGCCUAAAGGCCCAAUCUCUUCUCCUAUGGAAUCCAAAAUUGUGCACAAUGCCAUAGUUAAGGUUCCUGAAUCAAACUCUUCUGCACUGCCUCACAAACUUCGUAUCAAAGCUAGGGCAAUCCAGAUUAAAGUAGAGAAUGUGGAAGCAUAUUAUGAAACACCAGAGAAACAGCCAUCAUCUGCCAGUACCAUUUCUGCUAAAAUAUCUUACCCAUUGAACACAGCAGAAAUGUUUAAAUGCAAUGCUUCAAAUUCAGUACAUCCUGCCUUAGCUCCUUUGUCUAUUCAAGUAGCAAACAUCAAUGAUUGGUCUCACAAACCAGAACUUUGGCAUCAAAAAGGAAGUGAAGAGAAAUUGGAAGGGGCUUACAAACACGUCCGUCGGUCAUGUUCCCCUGUUGCACUAGCAAACCAAUCACUUGCUGCUGGGAAAGACUCUGCCUUCAUUAAUCAAGGAGUACAAUUGGAAUCAGAAAACUUGUACUUAAAACAAGGCAUUGCAAGUUUAAGUGCAGAAGUAGCUUCACUGAAAAAACUCAUAGAAAAGCAACAGGCUGCUACUUCAGACUCUGGCAAAAGCACUACUGAGAAAAGAUUUGCCAACUGACGUUGCAAAUGAAGUAGAGUGGUUACUUUUAUAUAAUGCUAAAUUUUCACUGGAACAAUUUUGUCUUUUCAUUGUAAUCAAAUUGUAAUUCCUUGCAAAUGCUCACAUAUUGUCUGAAUUGUACACUUUGAACAUUGUCUUUUGUGGACCUUGUGAUACACAGGUUGUACUGUACAAUGGGAGCAUUCAUUUCUGUACUUUCAAUUACUUGAUACAAAGCUAUGGAUGAUUCUUCCGUCCUUACGUUUUGUUCAACAUCCAACAUUGAAAUAUCAUGUACACCAGAUUAAAUAGUUGAUGAACACUGA